AUGGACGCAUCACCGCCGAGUUCAACCGCGGACUCUUCAGCCGCUCCUUCCUCGGAUGUCCCAGACUCGCCCGCUCCUUCCCAGACUGGCUCAAACGCCACCAACGUCAACUCUACGUCCGGGUAUUCAGAGGACAAUGGUCCGGCUUUCGCAACGCAUAUACAGUCUAUCAAGGGUCCGCUUGUCUCCGCAUACUACCCUGGCUGGGCUGCGAACGUUCUUUCGCCGGAGAAUAUUGACAUGUCGCGUCUAGACUGGCUUGACUUCGCAUUCGGAACACCAGACGAGAACUUCAAUAUCAAUAUUGACGAUGCAGAUGUCCUUAACAGGCUUGUCUCUGCGGCCCAUUCACAGGGAACAAAGGUCAAGCUUAGCAUCGGAGGCUGGACUGACAGCAAAUACUUCUCAACUGCCUGUGCGGAUUCCGACUCCCGGUCGACUCUCGUGAACAACAUUGUCGAUGUUUAUAACCAAUACAACCUUGACGGCAUUGACAUUGAUUGGGAAUAUCCGGGCCAGCAAGGCAAUGGUGGUAACGAAGUUAGCCCAGACGAUAGUGCGAACUUCUUGAAGAUGCUUAAGCUCCUUCGUUCAAACCUACCUGAUGGGGCUCGCAUUACCGCUGCUGUCCAGGACGUCCCAUUCGCAGGUCCAGAUGGCAACCCGAUGGACGACGUAUCCGAAUUCGCUUCCGUACUGGACUGGGUGAACAUCAUGAACUACGAUGUAUUCAGUUCUUCGGCCAACCCUGGACCAAACGGACCACUUGAUAAUGGAUGCAACGAUUCCUCUCAACCCCAAUUUAACGCUGUCGCAGCUGUCAAGCAAUGGACGGACGCGAACUUCCCCGCUAGUCAUCUUAUGCUCGGUGUACCCUUCUAUGGCUACCUAAGCGAUUCGAGUGCGACGCAGCUUCAGCACAGGAAGCGUUCCCUUUCUCGCCGCCAGGUGCCUCAGGUGCCACUGAAUGGGACGGCUGUGACGUCCGCCUUACCACUACCGCAGGUCUCCGGAACGUCCGCUGCAUCUCCCGUUCUCAACGCCACAGGAUCCCUCAAUGUGACCGCCGGUGCCCCAAUCCCGACCCUACACACUCCCGGUACGCACAACGAGGCCCAAACUCCUGAGCAGAAGCCCUCUCCAAACGAUGACGGAUACGUCACCCUCCAUACCGAGGACGGCGGACAAAUCCAAUUCAACUCCGUCGUCAACCAGGGAGCUCUCGUCCCCGUGCGUGAAGUCAACGGCAACCACAUCAGUGCCGACACAACGUUCGACGCCAGCGGCGGGUUUACUCGCUACUGGGACUCGUGCUCCAGCACGCCGUUCAUGACUUCUCCAUACGUUAAUCAGGUAGUGACGUACGACGAUCCUCGAUCGCUCGGCCUCAAGGCUUCGUUCGCGAAGCAGCAGGGCGUCCUAGGCACCGCUAUCUGGGACUUAUCUGGUGAUACACCCCAGUGGGACUUGAUCGACGCUCUUCGUAGCGGACUUGGGAAGUCAGUUAAUUGA